AGAAUGAGGGAGCCCAUAAAACGUAGAGCAGCUGUUUCCUGUGAUCAACAAGCUGCAUUCACUCCGACUGGAGGAGGAGGAGGAGGAGAGAGAGGUGAGAGAAAGACAAACAGGAUGGAGGGACCAUAGAUUGAUAAAGAAAGAUGAGAAAAGAGUGACUGUGAGAAAAGAGUGACUGUGAGUGACUGUGUCCGAGUGGGAAAAAUAGGAUGAUUGAGAAAGAGAGUGAUAGAAUGAAAGAGAACCAGAAUGACUGUAUAAGAAAGAAUUGAGAUAGAUAUUGCCAAGACGAGAUUAAAGGAGAAGAGAGGGCGAGAGGGACAAAGUGAGUGACAGUGACACAGAAACAGGUGGGGGUUUUGAGCCAGUCUUACUUCUGUGAGAAAAAGAGAGAUAAUAUAGAAAGAGAGAGAGAGAGAGAGAGAGGAAACUGCUUAUCUUUCCGUGUCUCUUUUUGGACGGGGUCUGAUGCAAACGCUGGCUACAAGCUACUUACCUCUCCGUCCACCUCUGGAGUCGGAGGCUGAUGGGAUUGAUCCUGGAACACGGGGGGGGGGCAUGACAGUCACGCCCUAACUUCUAUCAUCUUUUCAGCCUUUUUAAAAUAAGCUCUCCUGUUGAUGUGUGGACUCUGCUCCUCUUGUGGAUCUCCCCCCCCUUUUUUUUAAGGGGUGUUUCUGCUGAUUUUAAACUUUAUUCCACUCUUCCUUUUGAUGGUUCUAGAUUUAUGUCUGGAGGUAUCUCUGUGCGUUCCUGAUAGGUGCAGCUGAAUAGGCACCCAUGAGCCUGUUCUCUCGGACUUAGAUGCUGGCCCUCUCCUGUAAUGUGACUCCAGCAACAAUGUGGGGGGACACCUGAGGGUAGGAGCCCUCCCCUUUUGUCCCAGAAGAUGUUCUCCAGGAACCGCUUCAUUGGACAACACAGAACAGGUGUCGCCCCCAAAGUGGACACCAAGGAGAAGGUUCGCAAAAAGAGGGCCCCCAACCCCAGGGUAGCUCUUGUCAUCCGGGAGAAGAUCCACCGCCUGCUCCAAGGAUCAGGACAGGAAGUACCUGCCCCAGACCAUAACAAUGCUGGGAUUGAGGAGGAGGGGGGAGUUGAGGUGCAGGAGAAGAGAAAGGAAGGCACAUAUAUUUUUGCGAGGUGUGGGCCCAGAGAGGAAGCUUGCUCCUCGAGGGUCCCCAAUGGUAAGGCACAUCGAGGAGUGUCAGGGGCAUCCUGUGUUGGGGAGGUGGAGCUAAACAGAGAGGGCUGUGUCAGGAUCCCUUGCACUCUGCAGCACAACAGUAGCAGCUGCCAGUCUCCAAGGAAGCAGAAAUGGAUUAUCCCAGAUGGGAUCAGGACUGUCCCAGAACAGCGACGAACACCCAAACACCAGAAAUGGAUCAUCCCGGCAGGGAUUCGAACAAUUCCAGAAUGUAGAAGAGAAGCUCAACACCAUAACCGGAUUGGUCCAAACAUGAACGGUUCUGGGUUUGGCGCAGUGGCAGGAGCAGAAGGGGGUAAGGUUGAAUUCACUAGGACACGUGCAGAACCAAAAAGGCCUGUUUCUUUGGGUGACUAUGUGGAUUACAGAACUCGGCACGAUACUCUGCUGGAGGAGGACGAGGAAGAAGACCAGGAGGAGGAGGAAUAUGAGGAAGAAGAGUCUAGCGCCAUCAUCGAGCACAUCCUAAAGGAGCUAAGAGGGAUCAACAAGAUCCAGGAGGAGAUCUCAGACCUGAGGGACUACCUUACGUCUGUCCGUGGCUCUGUAGAGGAGGUAUCUUCCUGUGUGGAUGCUGUGCUCCUGGAGAUAGAGGGCAUUCGCUCGGGAAACAAGACCAGUGGCAAUCCAGGGGGUGCGGCUUGGUCUGGGGCAGCACUGGGCAGUGAUGGGUCACUCUUAACCCCUCGCCAGAGGCCUGUCAGUGCUUAUGGCAGUUUGGACAGGCAGAUGGAGCAUUCAAAUUCCAAUGUCUGCCGACCGUCCGUCUUCAGCGAACGCCAUAGCAUACAUGGAAUGCCAGUUGAGUUCCACUUGCCAACGUUAGAAGAAACGUCUACCACAGUCUCGCCAGGCACAGAGUCAGUUGAGCUUGAGGGCCAGGAACAGGAGGAGGAGGAGGUUGAGACGGAGGAUACAUCGGGACACAGCUCAGACAUCCCAGAACCCACCUUCAUCAGGAAGCUGAGCUUUGGCUACCUGGAGCAGCAGGACGGCCAGGACUUCCCCAGCAUCAGCUCCCUGUCCUCAGGACACAGCCCCAAUUCAGAGUCUGACCUCGAGAGGCCCUUGUCCAGACACGGUGCAGGGCAUGGUGGGGCUAGUGGUAGUAGUAGGGGUGCUGGGGUAGAGGGCUUGGGCAUUGCUGGCCCACAGCAUGGUGGGUCUGGGGAGACUAGGUGGCAUGAAGAAAGCUCUUACUCCAGACAGGUGAGUCUGGAAGAGCAAGAGGGAGAGGGGCCUGCCUGCUUGGAGGGGUCAGGGAGCCGGUACAGGGGCUCAGGGGGGUACAGUACCGGUACCCUGGGCCUGUCCUCCACAGGAAGCUCGGACCGCCUCUCCCUCCAGUCUGGACUACACUACAACCCCCCCAGCACCUCCAGCCAUGAAGAGUGGCGCGCCCAUAGACGAAGGCCAAAACCACAGCCUGGUACUCAAUUUCCGACCGAUGCCCACACAGAGAGCCACCGUCUGGGGUACGAGUGUGCUGCUGAUUACUCAUAUCACCAGAGCUCUGGUUACCACUCAGUGGAAGGACAUACUGAUGAGGUGGAAGGGUACAGCCACGCAGAUACCCCCACAGAUCUCAGCUACACAACUGACUCCAAAGUCGAUAGUUUCCAGGAGACUUAUUCUGGCUAUGAGUGUGGCAUUACUGAAGAGUCUACAGAUGGAACUUAUACCUGGACUGAGAACUCCUUACUGAGCCACAGCAUUGCGGCUGAAACAGACAUUCCAUCGGUCAGAGGGGAUAAAACAGGCAUUUCAUUGGUCAGAGGGAAAGAGGAAACAGUUAUUCCAGACCUGGAUGGCCGCCUCCCUCGCCCUAACAGCACAGAGAUCCAAAACAUGGGUUUUAAUGUGAAGCGGAUCGGCCAAGCUGUGCUGGACUUCAGUUCUGCCCUGCGGGAUGCGCUACGCAAACUGGAAGAACCCGGAACUGCCCAGAGUCCUGGAGUCGAGAGCGAGGUGGAGCUACCCACAAGCCUCUUUGAUGAGCCUCAAAUGGACUUACCCCAUGCAGAUAUGUCUCAAACGUCCCAAGAGGAUGGGGUGAACCCAGGGGCCACGGACGACACAGAGGGACAGAUCCAGACCAGUGUUCUCUCUUCUGCUCCCUCAGAGCCCUCCCCCAGUGAACCCCUGCCAGAAGAGAUCAGUGAUGUCCUCCCACAGGACCAUGAUGACCCUUGCAAAACUUCUCCCCUUCCCUACCCUGGACAAGAUGUUUACCAACCAGGCCUAGACUUUUCCUCAGCUGGUCUAGAGCCUACCUUCUCCCCACCCCAUAUAGAAUCAGAGGAAAAUGGAGCGUCUCCUUUGCCCCAGGGCCCAACAGACGCCCCCGCUCUCAACACCUCGCUAUCGCAAUGCACCACUGCAGAGUCCCUUUCGCUUUCCUCCUUGGCUGAGGAGCCGGCACUGCAGGAGAAGCGGGGAGACGAACCCCCACCGCUGUCGCCUCCGCAGCCCAACACAGAAGCAGAUGUCCCAGAUACCCCUGCAGCCCCUGAGGGUGAGGCCGCGGGAGAGGCAGAACCAAAGGAGCACCCCCCGGAGAUGAGCCAGAGGGAGGUGCGGAGGCUGAAGUGCCUGAGGACCUUCCAGCAGAUCCUGCAGGAGAAGAGGGAGACGCAUCAUCAGGUCACCAGCAUGACCAUGUCCACGUUCGAGGAGGAUGACCUCAUCCCAGAUGGAAGUCAAGAUGAUCAGGUCACUUUUUUCCAUUUUAUAGUCUCGUUUUUCUCACGUGAAUGUCUUUAUACGCAUGCCCUCAUAACUGGUGUUUGUUGUGAAGUUGACUAAUCUGACCUUUUUAUGCUCCUAUGUUACAUGGCAACAUCAAGUAGUAUUACUUAAACUGCUUCAUUUGGUUUGUCUCUUGGUGGUGAUGAUCUUGCCGAUGCAGGUUUGUCUCUUGGUGGUGAUGAUCUUGCCGAUGCAGGCUUGUUUUCCUUGUUAACCCUAUCAGUCCCGAGACCCCUGCAAAAAUCAACUUUUCAUUUGUCUGUCUUUCAUUUAUCUGCCAGUCCAACCACUUUAUUGAGCCUCACAAUGAAGUGUUUGACCGUUUUAUUUCCAGGGCAACCAGGGCUACAAGUAAAACACAAAACUAUUUUAAUAUAAACAGUUGCAUUCAUGAGUUUUAUUGACCAAAAUGUGUAAAUAAAAAUGCAUUUAUAUGAAUGCUGUAAGUACAGAAAUGGUUUGCUCACUGGGAAAUGAAUAUCCAACAAGUCAGUGACAACUGUGUGGGGUACGUAGUUUCUGACAGCAACUAUAUGUGAGCGUAUUACAGUAUUAUAGACACUAUGACCUGGGAUUCCCUAUGAUCUAUGGAGAAGAACCCCUUACAGU